CUUCACAACUUCACGACCACUCACCCCAUUCAAGCUCAAUUCCACUGUCAAUUCUCGCGAUAGUGUCUGCGGAGCUUCAGGCUUCGGCAGGGUCUUUGAUACUUCUCUCUCAUAUGUUUUAAGCCGACUUUCAAGGAUCCCACACGAUGUAUCUCCACUCCCUGCCUCGUGCUGCUCGUACCUCUACGAGCAGCUUGAAGACAUACACGCGGAUGAGUUCCAGCCAGAUUCGAAACUUCCAAACCUCGACGCGAUCAUUCGCCCCGACCUUCUCUGCCACUCAGCAACCUCCCAUGACGAGCCAAUCCCAUGUUCGAUCUGCUCACGCCAUCUCCAACCCUACCCUGGCUGGAAUUGAGAAGCGAUGGGAGGCCAUGCCUCCGCAAGAGCAGGCCGAGCUUUGGAUGCAGCUUAGAGAUCGCAUGAAGGUUGAUUGGCACGAGAUGACUUUGCAGGAGAAGAAAGCUGCAUGGUGGAUUGCUUUUGGACCUCAUGGACCACGUGCAGAAACCCCACCGGGUGAAUGGACUAAAGUGUGGCUAUAUACCGCGGCCGGUGUUGGAUUAUCAGCAGUUUUGUUCUUUGGAAUUCACUCUCUGGCCAGACCACCACCACGAACCAUGACCAAAGAAUGGCAAGAGGCUACGAAUGAAUACCUCAAGGCCGAGAAGAGUAAUCCCAUCUACGGUAUCAGCAGUGAAGGAUACAGCGGCAAAGGUCACAUUCAAAGCAAGUCCGCAAAGGCUCAAGGCAUCAGUCUCGAUGCGGAGGAGUAGAAAAUGGUCGAAAGACAACAGAUUGCUUUCCUUAACUACAGCAAUCCCCCUUUGUACUGUCACUAGUAUCGAGAGAACUCAGCAGUCUCUUAUUUUUGUCCAUACAAAAUCAAUAUCCAGUCCAGCUUUGUUUUGAUUUUCAGGCCUCGGGUUCGUCGGAUUGUACAUAGACCUUAUCAUAUAGUGGCUGAACCCAUCUCCAUAAACACCA